UCUCCCCCUCCUUCCCCCCCCUUCUUUUUUCUUCAUCAUGGAGUGGCAACCGCAGGACGAGCCAUUGGUUCAGUUGGCCUGCUGUCUCAGGAAUUCUCUGAACGGUCGUGAUUCCGUGCUUCAAAAGCAGGCCGAACAGAUGCUAGUACAAGCGACCUCUUCACCAGAUUAUGUCAACUAUAUUACCUGGCUCUUUUGCACUCCACAGGCCCCUUCGGAUUUCCCUAUGGACCAAAAAACCUACGAGAUGGUCCGUUUCGCCGCCGCCAUGAACCUCAAGACUAAGAUUCGCGUCGCCUAUGCUACAAUCAACGGGGAAUCUCUCAGCUACAUCCGUUCGGCGACUCUGAUCAGUUUACGCGACCAUAAUAUGCAAGUGCGGAGCUCCGCCGGUAACAUUAUCACAGAGUUGGUUCAGCAGGCCGGGUUGCUGGCAUGGCCAGAUGUCCUCAACGAGCUGCUGUCGCUUGUCGAAAACUCCGGGAAUGUACCGAGCUUCACCCAAGAAGCAGCCAUGUCCGCUCUCGCCAAGGUCUGCGAAGACAACCGCAAGAUCCUGGAUCGCGAUUACCAGGGCCAGUGCCCGCUCGACGUGAUUAUCCCGAAGCUUCUCGAGUUCACCUCCAACCAGAGCGCCAAAGUCCGUUCGAUGGCCCUCCGCACAAUUCACACUUUCCUGCCCACCCGACCUAAGGCGCUUGUCGCCUCCAUGGAUUUAUUCCUGUCGCACCUGUUUCAAUUAGCCAACGAUGCCAGCACCGAUGUCCGCCGGACGGUGUGUCAAACCUUCGCCCAGCUGGUGGACUUCGCUCCGGAGAAACUGAUCCCUCACAUGGAAGGGCUUGUCGACUAUAUAAUCAUGCAACAGAACAAUCAGGAGGAUCCGGAGCUUGCGCUUGAUGCGGCUGAGUUCUGGCUCGUUGCAGGUGAACAGGUGAAGCUGCAGCAGCCACUGGCCCCGCAUAUGCCCAAGAUCGUACCCGUCUUGUUGCGGAGCAUGGUCUACGAUGAAGACGAGGCCAUCCGCUUGGCCGCAGAGGGCGAGGAUGCCGAGGAAGAGGAUCGCGCUGAAGAUCUCCGUCCUCAAUUUGCGAAGUCGAAAGGUGCACGCCUGGAUACUGGCAAGCCGGACCAAGCUAACGGCAAUGCGGUCUCCGAGAAUGAGGAUGAUGAGCUGAGCGAGGGUGAGAUCGAGGACUCUGAAUUCGGAGAUGAUCCUGAGGAUGAGUGGACUCUCCGCAAGUGCUCCGCAGCGGCCUUGGACGUCUUCUCCAAUGUCUACCACGAACCAAUCUUCGAGAUCAUUCUGCCCUAUCUGAUGGAGACCCUCCGUCACGAACAGUGGCCCCAGCGCGAAGCUGCUGUUCUGACCUUGGGGGCCGUUGCUGACGGUUGCAUGGACGCGGUCACUCCCCACCUUCCCCAGCUCGUUCCUUAUCUGAUCUCGUGUCUGAAUGACAGCCAGCCCGUCGUGCGCCAAAUCACUUGCUGGUGCUUAGGACGGUAUUCCGAGUGGGCUUCCCAUCUGUCCGAUCCCUCGGAAAGAGCUCGUUACUUUGAGCCCAUGAUGGACGGUAUUCUGCGUCGUAUGCUUGACGGUAACAAGAAAGUCCAAGAGGCAGCUGCGUCGGCAUUCGCAAGCCUUGAGGAGAAGUCUGAUGCUAACUUGAUCCCCUACUGCGAACCGAUCCUCCAACAGUUUGUUCAGUGUUUUGGAAAAUACAAGGAUCGCAAUAUGUAUAUCCUGUACGAUUGUGUACAGACCUUGGCGGAGUGCGUCAUGGGAGAGUUGGCGCAACCUCACCUCGUGAACAUCCUGAUGCCUGCGCUUAUUGAUCGCUACAAUAAGGUCGCCGACCAGUCUCGCGAGCUAUUCCCUCUGCUGGAGUGCCUCGGUUAUAUUGCCGCCGCUUACGGGGAUGCGUUUGCUCCCUUUGCGCAGCCUCUCUUCCAGCGGUGUAUCAAGAUCAUCUAUGAAAACUUGCAAGAGUACAUGGUAUCAGUCAGCAAUCAGGGUGUUGAGGAGCCGGACAAGGACUUCUUGGUUACCAGCUUAGACCUUCUGAGCGCGAUCAUCCAGGCGAUUGAUCCGCAGAAGAGCGGCGAAUUGGUGGCCAACUCCCAGCCCCGGUUCUUCGAUCUUCUUUGCUUCUGUAUGGAGGACCCGAACUAUGAGGUCCGUCAGUCGUCGUACGCCCUGCUGGGCGACUGUGCGAUCAACAUCUUCCCUCAACUCGAGCCUUUCAUUCCCCAGAUCAUGCCGACUCUGAUCAAGCAGCUGGAUUUGGAUAUGAUCAACGAUGACGAUCGUCACACCGGGUUCAGUGUGCUCAACAACGCGUGCUGGUCGUGUGGAGAGAUCGCUGUCAACGAGAAGGCGGCUUUGUCGCCGUAUGUGGAGAAGCUGUACCAGGGGCUCUACAUCAUCAUUAACAACGAAGAGAUCAUCGAUUCUGUGAACGAGAACGCCGCGAUGGCGCUUGGUCGGCUGGGAAUCUGCUGCUCGGACCAACUUGCGCCUCGUCUGAGCGAGUACGCUGGCGUCUUUUUGAAGUCGAUGAACAAGAUCGAAUUCUCGCGUGAAAAGGCGUCGGCCUUCUUGGGCUUCAACCAAGUAGUCAUGAAACAUCCGGAAGCGAUGGAGUCAUUCCUUGGGGAUUACUUCCAGGCCAUUGCGGCAUUCCCCACCAAGUCACUGAACCAGGAUGAUUACCGGGACAUCCAAACAUCUUUCCAGCAGGUUCUGCAAGGCUACAAAAAUAUGAUACCCAACUUCGAUUCCUUCCUGUCGCAACUUCCGGCCCAUGUUGCCCAGAGACUUCGUUCUGUAUAUCAGAUUUAGAUCUAUAAUUCUCACGUUAAUGUCUCAUUUGAGAGUUCCGAAAUAUCACAUGGCGAAAGGCGUAUAAAAUUUGCUUGCCUUCCACCACUUUCUACCUAUUCUUUUGAUGUGAUUUCAUCUCUUCUUAGCUUUUGACCUUGAAUGCUGAAUGAUUUAUGCCAGAGGAAGCGACAGUGAGGGAUUGUUGUCGCCUUGACUGUUGGUGUCCGACUCGAGCGAAUGUCGAUGUGGAUAGCUGACUUUGCAGAUGUCUGGCAACAAGCUUGAGAAGGGAGUGCCAUACAGUACAGUAUAGUGCAAUACAGUGCAGGAUGCUGUGGCAGGAAGGUGGUUAGUGGGAUGGGCAUGUUGAUGCGACUGCAUUGCUAAUCGGCUGCUCAUGAUGGGGGUGGAGGGACUUGUGCAUGCCCAUGGAUUUGAUCUUCGAGUCCUUCUGAGGGUUGAAGUCUUUCUCUCAGUUCUGUUUCUUAGCCUUAGAUAGAUACUAGGAUUA